CUCCGGUUUUCCUAUUCCCAUCGCCUUUCUCUCCGGAUUGCUUCUCUUGCCCUAUCCCUAUCUAUCCUCCUUCUUCAUCGAUCGCUCACAACAUUAACGUUCGCACCCGAUACCGUAAUCUUGAAUCCAAAGUCAAUUUCUUCGAUUCAACAAGUGAUAUAAAUAUAUAUUAUUAUAUUUGAUUUUCCUCUUUCUCGUCAGAUCUGAAAACACACCCCGAAGAAUCCAAAUCCACAUUCAAUCAAAUCAGGUCAAACAAUGGUAUCCGUCAGAUUGGGAAUGCUCCACUACGUAAUCGACCACGUCUACGGAGCCUUCAUGCACCGCACGAGGAUCACCCCGCCCUUCUUCUCCCGAGGCUGGGGCGGUCCCAAGCUCGAGCUCCUCGAGCGGAUGGCCAAGCAGCUCUUCCCUAUGUACGUCGAAGGUCACAACUGGCCUCCGCCGCUUGUCCGCCCCGUGUGGAGGACCGUCUGGGAAACCAAGACUGCUCGUCUCAGAGAAGGCGUUUUCCAGACUCCCUGCGACGACGAGCUCACCGCUGCGUUGCCCCCCGAGUCUCGCACCGCGAGAGUCGCUUGGCUUGUUCCCAAAAACGUUCCUCCCCAGAAGAUGUCUUGUGUCGUUCAUCUCGCAGGCACAGGAGAUCAUACAUAUGAUAGGAGAUUGCGUUUGGGAGGGCCUUUGGUGAAGCAAAACAUUGCGACUAUGGUGCUGGAAAGCCCUUUAUAUGGCCGAAGGCGUCCGUUUCUACAACGUGGAGCGAGGCUUCUCUGUGUUAGUGAUCUUCUUUUACUUGGGAGGGCAACGAUUGAUGAGUCCCGCAGUCUUCUUCACUGGCUUGACACUGAGGAAGGCUUUGGAAAGAUGGGUGUUUGUGGCCUUAGUAUGGGAGGAGUACAUGCUUCGAUGGUUGGAUCGCUUCAUCCAACACCAGUUGCAACACUUCCUUUCCUGUCUCCGCACUCUGCAGUUGUUGCAUUCUGCGAAGGAAUACUAAAGUAUGGAACGGCCUGGGAGGCACUGAGGGAAGAACUUGCAGCGCAGGAGAUCACGAUGACUCUUGAUGAAGUCAGAGAGAGGAUGAGAACUGUUCUCUCCCUCACAGAUGUCACUCGCUUCCCUAUCCCCAAAAACCCUGAUGCUGUCAUCUUUGUUGCCGCAACUGAUGAUGGAUACAUACCGAAGCACUCUGUGUUGGAGCUUCAAAAGGCGUGGCCUGGUUCAGAAGUGAGGUGGGUUACAGGUGGACACGUCUCCUCCUUUAUUCUGCACAAUGAUGAGUUUCGCAGGGCUAUCGUCGACGGUCUUGAUAGAGUAGAGUGGAAGGAGUCAUGGUGACACCAGAAAGGGAAGGGGUCUUUCAUGUAAAUGUCUUAAAUCUCCUCUUGUUGUUGUAUCAUUUGUUCUUUAUUAAGAAUCACAUUCUUUUUUCG